AAAAUUUGGCCGAAGUUCAACAUUUUGAAGUAUUAAUUCAGGCUAGCACUACUAAUGGCUUAAAGAAAGACAGCAAAAUUUUACUUAAUCGAGCCUGUCUGUCUAUUAGAGGUAGUAAUUAUUAUGACGGAUUACCUUAUUCAUCUCAGAAAUAUGAAAAUAGGCGACAAUUCUGGCAAAAGGAUGUCAAUGAAAGGCUUUCUUCUCUUAGACAAUGUGGAAUAUCUUCUAUCAAUGCUGACGAAGAAA